AUGAGUACUGGAAAAAGAAGCAUUUGCGGUUACAAGUUUGUGGAACCACAAUUGAAGGCUUUGAGAGGAUUGGGGACCCGACUGAUUCUUGACAACAAGGAUGACAUUAAGAAGAGCUAUGAUGAUAUCCUAGGAAUACUCAACACUGAAGUCAACAUCAUGUCCACCCACACUCUCGUACAGUUAUAUGUUUCUCCAAUGAGAUGUUUCACUUUCCAAGACUAUCAGUUGGCUCCAACUCUAGAGGAGUAUUCUUAUAUCACGGGGGUUGAGAUUAAGGAUCAAGUUACCUUCAUCAACAUAAAUGAUCUUCCCAAAUUUCACCAUAUAGUUGAAGCAAUCCACUUGGAGAAGAAGAAGGUGGAGAUUAACCUCAAACCCAAGGGUGGUACUCAUUGUUUUACCCUGAAGUUUAUGAUAGACAAAGCCAUCACUUUUGUUGAUGCUGGAAGUUGGAAUUCCUUCAAUGUUAUUCUUGAUCUGCUUAUAUAUGGGAUAUUAUUGUUUCCUAAUAUUAAAGACAUUGUGGAAUUAACUUCUAUUCGUAUUUUCAUGUCUGGGAAUCAUGUUCCUACUCUGUUGGCUGAUACCUAUUAUUCUAUUCAAUUGAGGAAUCAAAAGAAGAAAGGAACUAUUGUGUUAUGUGCUCCUCUACUGUACAUAUGUUUUAUAUCUCACUUUCCAAACAAGGGUCAUUUUGUUGAGAAUAAGGUCAAUCUCAAAUGUUCCCAAAGGAUCAUAUCCUUAACUUCUGAUGAUAUCUUGUGA